AGCUGUCCAUAUAUCUGCGAUUGUUUACAAAACAUCAGUUUAACUUUUGCGCUCUUAUUUGAAAUUAAUGUUUUAAUUAUUUUAUUAAUUAAGAAAUUAAAUCAAAUUAAUCGUAAUUUUUGUUUUUUAAAUGUAUUCGGGAGGAAAUAGAUGUUGCUUGCUGUACUGCACCAGCAUUUCUUCCUCAAAAAUUGAAGGAACAAAAUUCCAUAGAUUUCCGAAGGAUCUUGCAAGAUGUGACGUUUGGAUUGAAAAAUGUGGUCCAAUAAAUUUACCUUCUAUUGAACCUAUAGUUUUGUACAAAAACUAUAGAAUAUGUUCCUUACAUUUUGAGGAUAAAAUGUAUAUAAAUGCUGAAAAGUCAAGGCUCUCAAUUAACGCAAUACCAACGUUGUUUAAAGGUAAGCAUCAUUAUUCAUUGUUUACUUGUAUACCUAGUGUACACUGGCUAGCGUUGUGCAAAGCUGGUCACUACCUAAUUAGAAAUGAAGAAUUGAUACCCUUAAAUGACCAAUUUGCAAUUGACGACCCUCCAUCUUGUUCGACACCUAUUGCUUCUCAAUCUUGUUCAAUACUACGUUCAAUCAGUGUUGAUUCAUAUGAUUCAUAUUUAUAA